GUCAUCCUAUGCGCGGCGUACGCAGUCUAGCCAAACCACGCAAAAGCGCGUUCGCGAGAGGCACGUAAUGCAUGUGCAGCCGUGAUCACACCAACCUCCCCCAAGAAGCCCUCUCACGGAGUACACAAGGCACAUUGCAGCACGACUCGGCGAAACCCACACAGUCAUCCCCGGUAUCAUGGCGGACGAACAGCCACAGUCGUCAGACGCCGGAAAGCAGGAGCCGGACGACGAUGGUGACAAGCAGGACACGCCUAAGGCGAUGAUCACCGUCACGGUGAAGACGCCCAAAGAGAAGGAGGUCUUCAGCGUCGACCAGAACGCCACCGUUGCUGAGUUUAAAACACAAGUGGCGCCCAAGUUUAAUUCGGACGUUGAACAGCUGUGUCUAAUCUUUGCUGGCAGGAUCCUGAAGGAUGCGGAAACACUAGUUUCACAAAAUAUUAAAGAUGGACUGGUUAUUCAUUUAGUUGUUAAAGCAGCACCACGUAAUCCCGGCCCGCAAAGAGCUGCUGAUAUAGGUCAAACACCUUAUGGAAUGGGUAGUUUAGGAGGUCUCGCUGGUCUAGAAUCCCUCGGCAUGGGCAACACGAAUUUCAUGGACCUGCAGAAUCGAAUGCAGUCAGAGAUUCUCACCAAUCCGGAAAUGUUGCGUCAGGUCCUCGACAAUCCUCUAGUUCAGCGCUUAAUGAACGACCCCGACAACAUGCGCACGCUUAUUACCAGCAAUCCGCAGAUGCAGCAGCUCAUGGAGCGCAAUCCCGAAAUCAACCACAUGCUCAACAAUCCUGACCUCCUUAGGCAAACGAUGGAACUAGCGCGUAAUCCGUCAAUGCUGCAAGAGUUAAUGCGUAGCCACGACCGCGCGAUCAGUAACCUGGAGAGCAUCCCAGGCGGAUACAAUGCGCUGCAGCGUAUGUAUCGCGAUAUUCAGGAACCGAUGCUCAGCGCCGCCACCGAGCAAUUCACGCGGAAUCCAUUCUCUGGCCUUGUGGACACCGGCAGUGCUUCGAAUCCACAACAAGGCACCGAAAAUCGUGAACCUCUGCCGAAUCCGUGGUCAGCUGGAGGUGGUGGUGGAGGCGGCGGUGGUGGCGGAGCGACUAAUCCCAAUCCAACUAAUCCAUGGUCUGCGGGAUCGCCUGCAGCUGGUAAUGAUGGAUCGACAAGACCGAGGCCUGGUGUGAUUAACAACGCACCGAUGCAAAGUCUGCUGCAGCAAAUGUCCGAGAAUCCUGGAUUGUUGCAGAAUAUGUUAUCAGCUCCGUAUACGCAGAGUAUGAUGCAGGCUUUAGCAGCGGACCCGAACGCCGCCAGCGCAUUGUUGAAUGAGAACCCAUUACUAUCAGGCAAUCCAGCGUUACAGGAACAGAUGAGAGGAAUGAUGCCCACACUGAUGCAACAAAUGCAGAAUCCAGAGAUGCAGAAUAUCAUCGCGAAUCCCCAAGCGCUUAACGCAAUUAUGCAGAUCCAACAGGGCAUGGAAUCGCUGCGCGCGGUCGCGCCUAACUUGAUGAACACUCUGGGGACGCCGCCGCCCCCAAUUGGGCUCUCAGGGCUGACGACGCCUUCUAGUACAACCACGACUACGCCUACAACCGGGACUACUACCACAGGCGGGGCUGCGACUAAUCCCAACGCAUUCUCAGAGUUUAUGGCUAGAAUGGUGGCUGAUAUGGCUGGACAACGUGACGAUUCACCACCGGAGACGAGAUACCAAGCGCAGUUGGAACAACUGGCCGCGAUGGGUUUCGUCAACCGCGAGGCGAACCUGCAGGCGCUGAUCGCGACCUUCGGCGACAUUAACGCGGCCGUGGAGCGACUGCUGGCACUCGGUCAGCUCUCUAUGAGCUAACCUCGCGGCCCCUGCGCCGGCGCAAGCAAAUUUUUAAGUCAAACCAGGAGCGGAUACUAAAUUUCUACUAUAAAAAGUAAAUGAAUCACCCACAUAAUUUUCUAUAUCGACGACGACGACGGGGAUCAUGCUCUAGCCCCCGGAACCACCCUUUACUACCCCCGAUUCAUCAGAAGCAAGCCUAGCAUAUUAGAUAUUUUCCAAGCGCGUUUUUCUUUGUGUUUCUAUGCGAUUUUAUCCGAGUAGGCCCCGUGAUACGGCCCAGAAUUCAUCUGACUGCGCGUGCCAAUGCUAUAACUUUCUUUUCGCACCAUCCCCGCUCCCCCUCUUGUUCGCAAACAUACAAAUAAAGCAACAACAAUAAAAUAUGAUUAGUGGUGCACUGUGGAUUCAAAAAAAAAAUAAUGAAGAGUUUAACAAUUUUGGGUUAUCUAUGAAUAUAUGCAUGUAUUAGUUGAAUGCGAAUUGGAUUUGAUUGUUUUUCUCAUUAUGUAUAAUUGUACAAUUUCGUUCUCGACGAGUACGUCGAUGGUGUUACUUGGAUUGAAUGUUUUUAGGGAAACAAGCAUUGAAAUGCGUGCGUGCUAGCGACACUAAACUAACAGAUAUAAGUGAGGCAGAAAUUUAUGUGCAGAGCGCACCCGCACGCGGAUUUAUUAACUAUAUAUGUUUUGAAACAAAUAUAAUAAAGGAGGAUGAUGUAAUUUGUUAAAAGGGAGAGUGUUUUCAUAAGCAGAGGUAAUUUGUAGCAUUCCACUUGUAAUAUAAAUUGAAAUAAAUAUGGGAUGAAAAAUGUA